AUGGCUCUUCCCGGAGAACGAUUCCACGUUCUUGCUCAAUUGGAGCAUCUUCAAUCGAAAUACACCGGUACGGCCAUGCGACAUGAACCGUCACGAAUGGAUUGUGAAUCAGCACCGCGACACUCGCGCCUUUCAAAUGUCUCAUCCCGGAAUGAACACGUAUAUUGCCGUUGUGGAGAACGAGAGCCGAGCUCGAACCCGCUUCAAUCUGAUAAAUCGCAUGAUUCAGCCGUGUGGACCGCCUCCAGAGAAGAAUCCUCUUGAUGACGCCUAACUAUCUGAAUAACUUAUUUUAUAUUUUUUAUGAAGUAAUUUGAUCUCCAUUC